AUGAGAUCACCCAUGGUUUCGUCCUUGCUUGUGGGGACAGGCUUGCUCGCUGCGACGGCUGCUGCGAACCAGCCGCUUGUUUCUGGCGCUGGCCAGAAGAAUGUAAUCCCCAAUUGGGCCAUCCAGUCCACGUCCAGCGUCAACAAGGACGUUGCGAAGCUCUCCAAGACCAGUAUCGACACUUCCUCUUGGUACCAUGUCGACUCUUCCCGAUGCACCCUCAUGGGCUGCCUGCUCGACGCCGGUGUCUACAAGGACGAUGAGCUCUGGUUCUCCGACAACCUCAACCACUUCAAUUGGGGCCAAUUCCUCGUGCCCUGGGUGUAUAGAAACGAAUUCGCCCUGCCCACGGAUCGCAAGGGCCAGCACUUCCUCCUCGAGACAAACGGUAUCUCUUCCAAGGCCGACAUCUACCUCAAUGGCAAGCAGAUUGCCGACAAGGAGUUCCAAGCUGGUGCCUACGCUGGCCACACCUACGACAUCACCGACCUCGCUGCCGAUAACAACGCGCUCCUUGUUCGCGUCUACCCCACGACCUAUCUCUACGACUUUGCUGUCGGUUUUGUUGACUGGAACCCGUACUCUCCUGACAACGGUACCGGUAUCUGGAGAGACAUCAACAUUCGCCAGACUGGUCCCGUGUCCAUGAGCCCACUGAGCAUCAUGACCGACUUGCAGCUUCCUGUCGAGAAGAGCGAUGCGGACAUCACUGUUCGCGCAAAGGCGCAGAAUCUUGAAAAGCACGAGGUCAAGAUGGUGGCCACCGCCAGCAUUACCGACCCGUCGGGCAAACAGACUUCUCUCAAGGACCAGUCCAUCACUCUUGCGCCUGGAGAAACCAAAAUGGUUACUUUCAAGGAGACAAUCAAAGCUCCUCGCAUCUGGUGGCCCAAGUUUUGGGGUGGACAGCCCCUUUACAAGACCAAGGUUUCCUUCUCUGUUGAUUCAACCGUCUCGGACGUCUCAGAGUCUAGCUUUGGUAUCCGCAAGGUCACUUCUGCCGUAAACUCGCACAACGAUACCAUGUUCACUGUCAACGGAUAUCCCUUCCAGGUCGUUGGUGGUGGCUAUGGCGCCGACAUGUUCUUGCGCUGGGAUGGCAAACGCUUCACGACAAUUGCCCAGUACAUGCUCGACAUGGGCCAAAACACCAUUCGCCUUGAAGGUAAAAUGGAGCAGCCCGAGCUGUACGAGAUUGCGGAUAAGAUUGGUCUUAUGGUCCUUGCUGGCUGGGAAUGCUGUGACAAAUGGGAGGCUUGGGAUUACAACCAUGACUUGGCCAUCGACCCUCCCCCAAUCUGGGACGACCACGACUACGGAAUUGCAAACGCUAGCAUCAUCCAUGAAGCCGCCGUGUUGCAGACUCACCCUAGCAUGCUGGGUUAUAUGGCGGGCAGUGACUACUGGCCCAAUGACCGCGCUACCAAGAUUUAUGUCGAUGCUCUCAAGGCUGCCGGCUGGCAGAUUCCCAUCAUCGCCUCCGCAGCCAAACGUGGUUAUCCUGCUCUUCUCGGCCCUUCGGGUAUGAAGAUGGACGGUCCAUAUGACUGGGUACCUCCCAACUACUGGUUCGACACGGAUGGUGGAAGCAACGAGCGUCUCGGCGCUGCUUUUGGAUUUGGUUCUGAGCUUGGUGCUGGUGUUGGUACCCCCGAGAUUGGCAGUCUGAAGAAGUUCCUUUCUCAAGCUGACAUGGACGAUUUGUGGAAGAGCCCUGACAAGGGCCUGUUCCACAUGUCCAACAACGUCUCGUCCUUCUACAACCGCAAAAUCUACAACCAGGGUCUGUACAAGCGAUACGGCGCCCCCAAGUCCCUCAAGGACUACAUCCUCAAGGCUCAGCUGAUGGAUUACGAAGCCACUCGCUCCCAGUACGAAGGAUACGCUUCUCUCUGGAACGCUAAACGCCCUGCUACCGGCAACAUCUACUGGAUGCUCAACAAUGCUUGGCCCAGCUUACACUGGAACCAGUUUGAUUACUACCUCCGCCCAGCUGGCUCCUACUUUGGCACAAAGACUGGCUCUCGUAUCGAGCAUGCUGCCUUUGACUACAACACCCAUGAUCUUUGGCUCAUUAACCACUCCCUUGACCGCAAGGGUGAUCGCAGUGUUGAAGUUGAAGUUCUGGGUCUUGAUGGUAAGACCAUCUCUCAUCAAACUGUCAAUGCUUCUACGGAGCCCAACAAGUCCAAGAAGCUUGGAAACGUCAGUGGUCUGGAUAAGACCACUGGUACCGUCUUCUUGCGUCUCAACCUAAUCAACAACGGCAAGACCAUCAGCCGUAACGUGUACUGGUUGAAUAAGAAGAUGGACACUCUGAACUGGGCCGAUUCAACAUGGUAUACUACGGCAGUAACCAAGUUUGCAGACUUCUCCGACGUUUCCAAGAUGAAGACUGCAACAGUUAGAGCUACCGUUACCAAGUCGUCUUGCCAGAACAAGAUUACCGGUGUCCAGCAACGUAAGGUCACCCUGGAGAACCAAUCUGAUGUACCUGCGUUCUUCAUCAGCCUGAACCUAGUCGAUGCCAACGGCAACGAUGUUCUGCCAAUCACUUGGUCUGAUAACUACGUCACUCUGUGGCCACACGAGAAGCUCACUGUCCUUGUCGGAGAAUGGGCUGACAAGGGUGCCAAGGUCCAAUUCCACGGCGUGAACGUCGACGAGACAGAGGCAAACGUUCAGUAA